AUGGCGGCAAAGAAGAGCUUUUGGACUCCCCAAAGCCAUCACUCCCCCAAAGUUGCUGGGCUACACUCAGUUGAGGAUUCAGGCGCACAAAGCCCGUCGCGUUCCCAAAGCCAGGGAUUGACUUCAGAACAAAAAGAGGAUACAGCAGCGAAGGAGGCAACGGUAACCAGCCCUACAACGGAAAUGAGCGAGAAAGACAAGGCCGCACAUGAUGCUAGUAAAGAAGCGUCUUUGAACAUCCGAAGACAUUUUCUUGCUGAAAGCAGCUGGACUACAUCGGAGGAACAGCAGGUAGCUACACUGCCAAGAACUGAAGCAGCAAGCGACUCAGCUGCACCUGAUGUUAGCAAAGAAGAGUCUUAG